UAGUUUUAUCAACACAUUAUAAAUAGUAGGUAAAUAGUAACCUUUGAUCUCCCUCGUUUUAGGUUUUAGUUCUACUGCAAAUUAAUUCUUAUUGACUUAUAAGUUAGUAAAUAGGUAUGUCAUUAUCACCAGAAGUAUUGCUGAAUGCAGUUACUCGAUCGAUAUGUAUAUCAAAGUUAAAAGAACUUCCAAUAUUUUUAAGCAAAGAGGUAACGUAUAAAACCAAAGCCUCUGUUUUAGUACCAUUAUGUGUUGAAAACGACCAAGUUUGCUUGUUAUAUACUCUAAGAUCGUCUAAUUUGAGCAAUCACAGCGGACAAGUUUCUUUUCCUGGUGGUAAAAUGGAUAAAAAUGAAGAUGUUUAUGAAACUGCUUUACGGGAAACUGAAGAGGAAAUUGGAAUAUCUCGUGAACACAUCGAUAUUUGGAGUAAAAUGCCUCAAGUCCAGGGUCGUGAUAGAAAUAUAGCUAUAACACCAGUUAUAGGCCUACUUAGAAAUUACCACAGAGAUAAUCUUAGACCUAAUCUAGGAGAAGUUGAGGAAAUAUUCACAGUUCCAAUGAAAACAUUUUGUGAUGUUAAUAAUCAUGCACACUUAGAGUAUGACGGUAUAAUAAUACCUGUAUUUUUGAAUGAAAAGCAUAAAAUUUGGGGAAUAACAGGAAUGAUCACUCAUUUGUUCUUAUCGUGUUUUUUACCUGAAAAGUUAUAUAAUGUCAAUUUCAUGAGAAGAAAAUUCACUUUGGAUGAACUAAUGCCUUCUAAACUCUGAGUGGUGAUGUUAAAAUAUGUAUCGAUCUACAUGGAUAGAUAGGUAUUCGGAAGAAGACCAGACAAGUCCAAUGCUCUGGACUCCGAUGCAGGACUAGAUAAACUCGACUCUCAUCACCUCGUUCCAUGUUGCCAUCCACACCGCUGAGGAUAGACAGAGAGGGUGUUGGAUUGUCAGGAGAAAGUUAUUCAGUGAGGUUACGACCCUCAAUAUUAGGAUUAUCAAUGCAAGAAGCAAGAGUAAAAAAGUGACCCAGUCGCAAUAUAUUAUUAUUGUUGUUAAUAAUGACAAAUGACAAAAUGUAUAUAAUGGUAAUUUUAUUUUUUCUUUGUACAGAGUAUAAAUCAUUUUAUAAAUUGAACUACAAAAUUUCUAUUGAGAGUAUGUUUUGACUUAGAAGUAUUUUUUACUGUAUUUCUGUGGCUUGUCAUAUCUAAAAUACAUAUUAAAUCUGUAUUAAUGCAUUCCUUUCCUUAAAAUUGUAACAAUGUGAAGUAAAUCGCACAAUGGGAGUGAAAAUCAUAAUAAAUCUGAAACAAUAAAAAUGUGUUAUUGUAAUAAAUAUAUAAUACAUAUUUAAACAUAUCAAAGUUCUCAAACUAGUCAACAUUCCAUGUUAAUGAUUUAUUGAAUGUGUAAGAUCAUCGGUUAAAUCUAUUUACAGUAUGACCUUGGAUUUAUUAUUUCUGAUGUUUCAAAUACUUCACAAGUUAUCGUUGUCACUAAAGUUUUAUAUGUCAACAUUGAAAAUUGUAUGGAAAUCCGUAAAAAUUAAA